AUCGUCCGACUGCUGACCGCCGCUACAUAGGGGAAUACGACCCGACGAUGGAGGCCGUGUACAGCUACCAGUUCCCGCUCGAGGGGUACGACCUGCCGCUGCAAGUCAUGGACACGGCGGGGCAUGUGGACGUGGUGGAGGCGGGCCGCGAGGCGCAGGUCUCGUGGGGCGACGGCUUCAUGCUCGUGUUCUCCCUGACGUCGCACUCGUCCUUCGCCGCCCUCAGCCGCCUCCGUCGGGUCAUCCUCGAGCUGACCCCGGGGGCGCCGCGGCCGAUGGUCCUCGUGGGCAACAAGGCCGACCUGAGCCACGCCCGCGAGGUCAACCCGGACGAGAUCCGCGACCUGGUCGACUGCUGGGGCUGCGACUACUUCGAGGUGGCGGCGCCGGAGCCGUGGGACGUGGUGGUGCGGCCCUUCACGGCGCUCUACCAGGCCGUGCUCGAGAGCCGGGGGACCUAAGGGGGCGCCGGGAGCCCUCAGGUCCUCGCAAGGGCGCCGGGAGCCCCGAAGACCUCGCAAGGGCGCCGCGGAGCUGGUCGGUAGUUCGGAAGCCACCGCACAAGGUAACUAGACGUCCCUGGCUGACUGUAAGAGAGAAAAGCCUCUCUCGAACUCUCGAAAGGAUUUCUUUUGAAAACGAUUCGGCGUGGACUCCUGAGUGAGUUUUGGAACAUGGACGCGACUCGCUGGCAAGGACGGCGACUGGAAAAUACAGGUGAAUUUGACGGUGAUUUGAAGGAAAGUGACAUUGGUGGCUGUGUGACUAAGCUGCAGGUCUCGGUGUUUCAUUUGCACACGGAACAGCAAAUUCGAUUUUAUCCAUCCAACACAUUCGGUGAUACAACGCUGAUUCAAUCUUCUGCAUCUAUCUGUUCAUCCUUCUCUAUCUACCUUUCUGUUUAUUUGUCUGUCUGUCCUUCUCUCUCUCUCUAUCUAUCUAUCUAUCUUCAUAUAUCUAUCUAUCUUUAUCUAUCUAUCUUUCAUCUAUCUA